AUGUCCUCUGAGGGCGAUGCGGAGGGUGAGGCGUCGUCAGGGCCGCUGUCGCAUGUGGACUGGGAUCGGAUCGAGCACAAGCUGGCUAACCUGCCGACGCUGGAGCGGCUGCUUCAGGAGUCGAACCCAAACGACUUCACCACUGCUGAUGUGGAGGCGGCGGCGCGCUUUGUACGCGACAUCGUAGCGACCCAGCCGCAGUGCGACGCGGAUAUCGAGAGGGCUCAGCGUAGACUUCAGAAAGCGUACCGACGUGUCUUCAAAAAGUCGCUGCUACUAGCAGGGUACACACAGCUGCUGCGCGAGGCGGUGACAGGGGCGAAUGGCACCAGUAUACCUGCGCAGCCCCACCAAGAGAGCAUCGUCUUUCCUGGUGCACCCGAUUCUGCUGCUGUUCUCUCGGACCUGGAGGACGCCGUACCUUCGAUCUCGUCCACGCCCGGGACUUCGCCAUCCCCCCCUGAGAAGACGUCUGUGGUAUGCCCGGUGCUGGAGCGCUACCUCGUGUUCAAGGCUCCGCGUAGUCAGUCCGGCGUACUGGUCGUUACCGUGUUCACCUCCGCUUACCCGGAUGGGCAGAACUUCAGCUGCCAGUGGAACUGCUAUUACUGUCCCAACGAGCCGGGUCAGCCACGCAGCUACUUGCUGAACGAGCCUGGCGUACGACGGGCGAAUCGCCUCAUGUUCGAUCCGUACCGCCAGUUCGAAGAGCGUGUCCGCUCUCUCAUGGCAAUUGGCCACCCUGCCGACAAGGUGGAGCUGCUCGUGCUGGGUGGUACAUGGGAGAGUUAUCCACGGCAGUACCGUGAGCGCUUCAUCCGAGACCUCUUCUACGCGGCAAACACCAUGUUCGACCCACCGAGGGCGCCGCGACGACCACCGCUGGAGCUGCUGCAGGAGCAGCUGCUGAAUGAGUCCGCCCACUGUAGGAUCAUCGGGGUGACACUGGAGACGCGUCCAGACACGAUCAACCCAGCGAUGCUCGUGGAGCUCCGCCGAUUUGGUUGUACUCGAGUGCAGCUCGGAGUGCAACACACGGACGACCGCAUUCUCACCCUCGUGAAUCGCCAGUCCACUCGCGAGGACACCGUCAAUGCCAUCAAGCUGUUGAAGGACAGCUGCUUCAAGGUGGACAUCCACCUCAUGCCUGACCUGCCCGGUGCGAGCUCCUCCAUUGACAAGGCCAUGUUCGAUGACGUGCUUGACUCCCCGUACCUCCAGGCUGACCAGUGGAAGAUUUACCCGUGCCAAACGACGCCUUUCUCAGUGAUUGAGCAGUGGUAUAAGGACCGCAAGUACACCCCCUACGGCCUGGAGAACUUGAUCGACGUGCUGCUCUACGCCAAGGCGCGCGUGCACCCGUGGAUUCGCAUUAACCGGGUAAUCAGAGACAUCCCUGUGGACUACAUCCUUGCUGGUGUCGAGGUGGCAAACCUGCGCCAGUUGCUCGCCUGCAAGUUGCGAGAGCGCGGGGAGAGAUGCCGCUGCAUUCGAUGCCGCGAAAUCAAAGGUGACAAAACUGUUGCGGAGAGGCUGAAGUCCGCUAUCCUGCAGGAGCGGCGCUACGAGGCGAGCGAAGGGACGGAGGUAUUUCUGUCGGUCGAGAUGCCGACGGACGACGCGACCAUUUUAGGCUUCCUGCGCCUGCGACUGAACAUCCGUAACUGGGAGACACCGUUUGCGGAGCUGCUGCCGUGCGCGCUCAUUCGCGAGCUACACGUCUACGGCAAUCUCCUGCCCACCUACGUGGAGGAGGCGGGUCGCGCGCAUGCACCGGCAGCACAGCACAACGGCAUUGGACAGCGCCUCCUGAAGCGAGCGGAAGCGAUCGCCAGGACGGAGGGCUACAGCCACAUCGCCGUGAUCAGCGGCGUGGGCGUCCGCGGGUACUAUAGGCGCUGUGGCUACCGACUACUGGCUGCCUCCCGCGGCGGCUUUCUCGUGAAGAACCUUGUGGACGUGGGCGAUGCGUUGGCUGGUGCGCCGAUAACUGCAUCUCAGGUUGCACCCCUCGAGUAUUCUCUAGAGCGUGACGAAGCGUUGCUGCGACGGGUAGCGGCAAAUCGAGGGGUAUCCACCUCGCUGGUCUCGGGUGCGGUGCUGCCCCUCGGCGUAGCCACAGCCGCCACACUGCUGACGCAUGCGACUGCGUGGUGCGGCAAGCUACGUACCAGCGUUACGCAAUGGUGGUCAACUCGAAAGCGCUGCCGUGAGGAGGAGGUGGAGCAGUGGCCGCCGAGCGGUGCGGAGGGACAUGUUAAACCAACAGCGCAAACACCAUAA